UCACAAAACAGGGCAAAACGCCCUUGGACACCCUGGCUCUAGUGUCAUUAUUUCUAUUGGCAUAUCUUCAUCAUCGUUCUUGGGAAUGGUCUGUGUGUGUGUGUGUGUGUGUGUUUUAAUGAGCCUGUGUCUGAUAAGCUUCAGAACAGAGCUGGGGGGUUGAGCAAGCAGAGCCACCAGAACUGAACUUCCUUCCUGUGCUGAUCCAACACGAGCUCCUAGUUUUUAUAAAUGGACGCUAUGUGGAGCUUCCAGUCUCUGCUGCAGCUCCGUAUCGUCGAUCCCAGCCUGGCAUCCUCCUCAUCCUCGCCAUCAUGAUAGCCGUUUUCAUGUGCGCGCUUUCCCUCUGCGGGCUGCUGGAAAGUGUGCACUCUCAGCGGGGACGCUGCGUCGGUAAUCAGUGUUUUGCACUGGUUCUGGACUCCAACGACUUCCAAGUAGCGCGGGAAAGCUGCCAAAACGCCAAUGGAUAUUUGCCGUCGUCCCUCACUCUGGAGAAUCAGCGGUACAUAACGAGUGGCAUCAGCGGGGAUUUUUGGGUGGCUCCGUUAAAUCCGCCAAGCUGCACGGCAUUCUCCGUGCGGACGGGAAGAAGCGCGAAUUUCCAAAUCAUGCCAUGCGACCAGAAACUAAGCGGAUAUAUUUGCCAGUAUUACAUCAAGGAACCUUGCAGCGCCGUCUCCACAGAAAAGGACGCCGAGGUGCGCUACACCGCGCCGAUGGGCAUUGAGCUAAAUCACACAUUCCCGCAAGGAACCAUAGCAGUGGCGGGGAAAACUGGCGCCAUCCACCCAGACAUGAAGUUUUUGUGCUUCGCCCAAAGUUGGCUGCAAGCUCCGUGGAAAUGUGAGGUGCUGAAAGGCGGCUGCGAGCACGCCUGCGACGCAAUAUCCGGCUGCGCGUGUCCGCCGGGACAGCAUCUCCACGCCAACCGCAUCACCUGUACCGAGUCACCGCAGGAGGGGGGCAACCACACGGUGACGUGCCAGGCAGGUUACGAGCCGGCCCGGGAUGGGAGGGGCUGCGUGGAUGUGGAUGAGUGCGCGCUCCAAGACCAGUGCACCGAGGAGGGCGAGGAGUGCGUUAACACACGCGGUAAAUUCGAGUGCGUGUGCAAAGACGGUUUCGUGGAAGAGGAGGGGGUGUGCGUGGAUGUGAGGAUCUGUGAGAAGUGCGAGCACAUGUUGUGUGACAAAUACAACGGGGUGUAUGCGUGUGGGUGCCAUAAGGGGUUUAGGGUGUCAGCACGUGACCCCACUCGGUGUGAGAUGCACUGUGACCAUGCGGAAUGUCGGGCUUACUGUGUCACCAACCCGGAUGUGGGCAAGCAGGACAUGCAUCAGUGUUUCUGCCCCGAAGGCUACAUUCAAGACCUCCACAACAACACUCCCUAUUGCACAGACAUCAACGAGUGUGAGAUUGAAAGUCAGUGUGAGCACACGUGCACUAACCUCUUUGGGGCGUUCGAGUGUUCAUGCAAUGAGGGGUAUACAUUAUUUGAUGGGUACAUGUGUGUUCACCCCGAUGAGGACAUUGACGACGGAUGGGAGGCGACCGAGCCGCACCCCACGCCGGCCGGGUCACGUCCCGCAACCGUGCCGUCGUACAUAAAGACAGGCAGUGUUCUGGGCAUCAGCGUGUUCGUGUUGCUGUGCCUGGUCCUGCUCUACUUCCUGGUCAGGAACAUGUCCAAACGCUGCGGGAGUCUUGACCUUUCAUCCAUCAAAGGGUCCGAUAUGGAUAUUUUCUACCUGCAGCAAGUCACCACGGAGACGUACAAGAGGUUGUCUUUUGAUAAAGAGUCGAAAAGUGACUCGCAAAGAUUUUAACCACAGCGCUGGUGGAACAGGACGAUGGAGUGCAGCUUCUCCUGUCACCGUACACAAAUUUCUGUCCUCGACAACAGCAAUUCACGUAAGAGAUGUCCUCUUUACUCUGCUGGAACUCACAUAAGCAGCCACAGAUGCACUUAGAAUUCAAAUAUUCGUAUUGUUUGGAAGGAAAUGUUUUUGUUGACGUUUGUGUCAUGCGUUUGUCUUUUGCAUUUGCCUUAUAACGAUGAUAGUAUAAGGCAAACCCUAACCCUGAGCCCUUAAAAGCUAAUCCUAACCUAUAAAGCAAACACUAACCCUAAACCCCUCAACUCUAAUCCUAAACCUUUUAGGCAAACCCUAAUGUCUAACUAUAGCCCCUAAACCCUAAUCCCCAUUGAAGCAAAACUUAUCCUAAACCAUGACUACAAACCAUACACUUGACCUUUCCACAUCCCUUCCCCUAACCAUGGGGUGUCCAAACAUUUCCAGGAUUUUGAGCCAUAUUUUUAAAAAAAUGUUGUUGACGGGCCUGACGUAACUGACGUAAAACGUAAACUUUGUGUUAUAGGUGACAAAGUGUAUUAUUAGUAAUAGUAAUAAUCGCAUUACCAUUUCUGUGUUUUCUUUUUGCAUUGUAUUUUUUUUCUCAACUUUUGCUGUUGUUUUUGUUUAAUUCUAUGCGCAGAAUUUGCCGCACUAUGGACACUCCUUCCCAAACCCUAACCUCAUGAACCAACCCUAACCAUAACCACCUCGAACCCCUAUAUAACCUAACCCUGCUCGUGAUGAAGGCUAUCAAAAAUAUAUUUUAACCUACAAUAUAUAUUUCUGUUAUAAUCCAAAAAAGGCCUAAUAGUUAUGGUACUUAAAAAAUGAAGCCUUAUCAAAGUAAAAUGACACUAAAUGAAGUCGAGGCUGAGGAAUUCUUAUUUCGGUCAAGUUGUCGUGGCUGUAUCUCCAUGCAUGUCAAAAAACACACACGCAACCUGGACAUACAUACAGAACACGUCCUAUACACAAUUCAUUGUAUUUUCAUGCACAAAUUGUAUAAUACAUGGUUUCAAGUUGUUAUAAGUAUGGCCAAUUGUUUGUGACACACUGGACAAAUGUAUACUUCUGAAACAUUUCUCUUAUAAAAGGAAAGGAAUGUAUAAUGUUUGAAGCUGAAUUAUAGCAAGCAUUCAUGCAAAAUCAUCACCUUUUUGCCUUUAAAGCAAUACAAAUAUACCUGGGUCUGUAUUGCGUCCAGUCAGAUAUACUGUGUUAAUUCCGUGUUAACAGUAAAAGCAUAUACUCAUCACUUCAUGCAGUUGUACACCACCGCAAACUACAAUACAAGCAUAUUUAUGAGGUAAAACCAAAUCAGACCCAAGUUAUCUAGAUAGACAGCUCUUGUAUUGGAUGUAAAUUGUGCAGGUUAAUCAUUUGUCAUGGCCAGUGAGUGUCAAAUGUUGUAUUAUUUGGUUGAUAUACUGUAUUUAUAUUGAAGGUGGUAUCUGCAUUUAUUCAGAACAUAACUGUAGGAAAGACUUUGAAUGUAAAACCACUGUGUGCUGCUACAUGAGCUCAUUUGCUUACGAACAAUGACGCCCACUAUUACUGUUACGAUUACUAAAAAUGAACAUUAAAUGUUGAAUUAAUGUGCCACUGCUGAUUGAUUUUUUUUUCCUCUUAAAGAUGAGCAAUUGUCUUAAGCGUCUCUGAGACACACGGGCAUGUGGAAGGAGGGCCGCAUGGUGGCCUGGUGGUUAGCAUGUUGGCCACACAGCCAGGAGAUCAGGAAGAUCUGGGUUUGAAUCUCCCCGUUGGGUAUCUCUGUGUGGAGUUUGCAUGUUCUCCCCGUGCGUGCGUGGGUUUUCUCCGGGUACUCCGGUGUCCUCCCACAUUCCAAAAACAUGGAUGUUAGGUUAAUUGGUGACUCUAACUUGUCCAUAGGUAUGAAUGUGAGUGUGAAGGGUAUGCGAUUGGCUGGCGACCAGUCCAGUGUGUACCCCGCCCCUCACCCAAUGUUAGCUGGGAUAGGCUCCAGCAUACCCGCGACACAAGUGAAGGAUAAACGGCAUAGAAGAUGAAUAGAUGGAACCCAACUC